AUGGUGUCGCACAUUGAGCCACCUCAGCAGGUGCUACACACUCCGCGACGCCCUCCCUCGGCCACAAGCAGAGCCUCGACAACAAGGCGCCACCGUCCAUCGCGAUCUCAGCACACAACUUCGCCAGCGUCGCCGCUGAACGAGUUCCCCGUCUUUGCCCAGACUGGAGAUGUCGACAUCAUCAUUUCCUCGGCGAGUGCUCGCAAAGAGCAGCGCUACCUCUUGCACAGCAUCAUCCUCAGCCAAUGCUCGUCCUUCUUCGCCAUCGACACCAAGCGUCCACCCAUACACAAUGCUCUACCUGCUCCCAACCCAGCCUCACUUUCACGCAUCGGCGAAACAAACUCCAGCAGGAGCAGUCUGGACUCGAUUGACCCGCGUCGCUGGAAUUACGUCCUCGAUUGGCACCACACAAGAGACAACGACAUACCACGACUAGUACAACGCCCCCAGGUCAGAGUCCGCCGCCAGUUUCGCGUAACAAGCCGCCUGCCUCGUCCUCUGCCUUCUUUNCGUUCCAUGUCAAAUCUGUCUGCUUUGUCCUUGAACCCUCAACCCGCUGCAUCUCUAGGCCCGGACGAUGAAAUCCUGCGAGAUUACGAUAACCUUUUCCGCAUCUUCUACAACUACCCCCCCUCACUCAGCAAUGUGAAUAUUGCUGAUGCAUACACCGAGUCUAAGACCUUAUUACAGCUAGCCCAGAUGUACGAUGCCCUCGACAUCGUAGGCUCUCGCGUCGAUCACCAUCUAUUAGGCUUCCAAGGACGACUGUUCAAGCAGAUCGCUCGUUAUCCUCCAUCAUAUCUCAAACUAGCUUGCCUGGCACGAUCUAGAGUCAUCUACACAGAAGCUUUGAUCCAUAUUGUAGGCCAGUGGCCACAAGCACAACCCCAGCUUGUCAAUCAUGUUGAUCCUCUCGUUCUCGAUAUCAUCGAGGACAAAGUUCAAGAGCUGGAAGACAUGAAGUUGCGCAUUGAGGUUCGCCUAUUCAGAUUGACUCUGACCACCAGUCGAGGCGAGCGCGUCAAUCCUUCGAAUGGCUACCUCGACUGGAUGGCCAUGAGUCUCUUCCGCCAGUGGCUGGCUGAGAACACCACACCAGCUCCUGUGUCAAUCCUCAAGAACUCCUCGCGGCCUUCAUCUUCAGAUGCCGCUUCUGCCUCGGCAUCUGUGUCUGGGCGGUCAGGCCGAGAGAGCAGUUCAGGCGCCCUAGUCCCAUCAAGACCUUCAGCAUCUCAACAAUCGCCCUUGCCAGCCCAGGGUUUCGGUCGCAUAUACCGACUAAUGGGCAGCACAAACAAGGACGCCUACCUAAAUCAUGACGAGUGCAAACGCUUCCUAAAGCUCACACCAGAAAUAUACUCUCGCGACAAUCUCAAGCGCUUCGAGAGAAGAGUCGACGAGCUCAAGAAUCUUGCUAGAGAUGCUGUCAAACCUCUGACUCGCAAUUUUCUUGAGCUUGACUUGGGCAGUCUGGCUGCCCCGUCAACAUCAGGGAGAAGUGGUACUACAGCGCCGCCAGCUGGGCUGGGUUAUCUGACUUGCACGAAGGUAAUGGAAGAAGAUUUUCCUUGGGCGACAUGA